AUGUCCUCGGUGGUGACGCUGCGCGAGUUGGACACCCUUGAGCGGGAGGACCAGCCCCUGCUGGAGCGGUUUGAGCGCUGCCGCCACGACGUGGUGCGGGUGUCCGCAAGUUCCAUUCUGCACGACUGCAUCGCCGUGACGACAAAGGGCGGGUUUGUGGAGCUUAUCAACAUUGACACCGGCGCGUUUCGCCUUUUUCUCAGCCAUUUGGGCGAGACGCCGCUAGAGUCACUGCUGCGGUGCUUCUCCCUCGUGCCGGCCCUCUAUGCCGCGCACGGCAGACAUCACCUGCUCUAUUCUCUCGCAUACUCAAAUGAGUUGCUUCUGGCGGACAUGGAACAAGGCACAGUGGAGGUCCUUGCGAGAUUUCACAGUCGACCCAGUGUUGUUUUCUGCGACGGCGACUAUAUGGUAUGUGGUGAGGGAUGUGGACAGGUGGCGCUUUGGCGGGCUCCAUGUGAUGCGGCGGGGGCAACGUUGUUGUGGCGCCGGCCGGUAUUCUCGGACACUGUCCUCCGCCUCUCUGUGCAGCGCGACUAUGUCUUCUGCUCGUCGGCGGACUACUACUUCUAUGUUCUGGCGCUGGAGUCGGGUGAAAUUGUGGCUGCGCUGCCCCACGAGCCAGCGCCCGCGGUUGCACUUCAGCCCGCCGCCGCUUCGCAGGUGAGUUACGCCCUUACGGUGCUGUUCCUGCCCGAGGUUCUCUCUGUGUACUCUCCACCGCCACUUGUGGUGGAGGCUUCGACUGCCGCGACGCUCGCCAAACCUGCGUGGAGCUGUACCGCUGUGCUGCGCCUUGACGUGCGGAUCAGCUGCGCGAGUUGCUGCGCGGAGCUUAUGGCGCUGGGGACGGCCUCUGGUGUGGUGAUUCUUCUGGAAAUGGAGGCAGCAUCCGGCGAGGUUGUGGAGCGCGUGCGCUUUGACGUUGGCUUUUCUGUCGUUGGCAUUCAACUAUUUACGAACGGGGAACUGGUGGUGGUGACGUCCGCAGGUGAUGUGUGGAAGUGGGCCGUCCACGAUCUUCUGCCGCGCGAGGGCGAUGGGGUGGCGGAGGAGGAGGAAGAAGAAGAAGAGGCAGAGGCAGAAAACCUGUUUGUGCCGCAGCCGCACAUGCAGCCACCUGACCCCAGGCGGACGCCGGCGUCUGUUGGCCGCGUGGGGAUGAGUGAUGGGGAGGAGAUUGUGGUGGAGAUGGGCGACGAGGCCUCCUCCACCGCCUCUGCGUCGCUGUCCGUGUCGUGUCACUCGGUGCGGCUGGAGAGCGGCGCGGCGGACGUAAGCAGCCAGGGGGCCGCCGCCUUGCCAGUGAGACCGAAUGCCGGCACUGGCACGACGAUCCCCUGCGGCCCCAGCAGCGGCGCUGGUGGCACGGAUGCUGCCUGGGUGGCGCAGGGUAAGGCGGUGCAGGAGGACAAUCUGGUGGCUGUGCAUGCCGCGGGCCCGUUACAGUCGCUAGCGGCCACGGUUGGUGUCACCAAUGACGUGAGGGACGACGACGUGGACAGCAGCGAGGGCGUUGGUGGUGGCAACGCUGGCAGAGGCUCUGAGCACUCAUUCCAGCCCAGCAGCAUUAGUAUCGUGGCCGGCACAAUUGGGGCUGCGGAUACGCUUCGGAGUGUUAGCUUGGCCCCGCCGAACACGUGUCCCGAGGUGGGCCCACACUCCCCUUCGCAUGUCUUGGAGCCCCCUACGACGUCCAACGCGGCUCAGGCUGCUCGUCGCGAGGAGGCGCAGCCGCAGCGCGAGGAUGGAGUGAUUGUCGCUGCCCCCGCCUCGAACGACGCUCCACUCCCGUCUGCCUCCGUGUCGUCCGCCUGCUCUCGCGCCCUGCAGAGCGUGCUGCGCAGGACCGAGUUGGGCCCGCCCGCAGUCAUUACUGGGCUGCGUGCAGGCAAACGCAUGGACCCGAGGAAGGCGCGCCACUUCGUUGAGAACAGCCACGCCGAUGCGGCGCUGCCGCUGCCGGAGAGCCAGAGCUCAACGGUGCUGGUGAACCACCGGCAGGCCUUGGAGGAGGCGAGGUUCGACUACGCGGAGUACGCCAACGCGCAUUCCUUCCAGGCGGAAGCGCUGAAGUACCGCUAUCCCGUCAAGCUCCCUGUGCACGGGCUGCACGCGCAGGUGUUCGCCGCGGCAGAGCCCCGACUGCAGGACCGCCCCAACGAAAACGUGGAGAAUGCGGAGGGUGACGAUAAGCCCAGGAAGCAGCGACAGCAACAGGCCAUCAUAGAUGAUCUUAUGAACGCCACCUUUCAGAACUUUACCCGGCGGAAGGACAAGGCACUUGAGGAGGAGCGUCGUCGCGGUGGCCCAGACAUUCGGCAGCACUUGUGCGACAGCCUGUUGUUUGGCCCAGCGGAUCCAAGCGGCACGGUGCUUUUUCAAGAGACCCGCGUACAGCCAGCCGUGCCCAACAUGCUUUUUCUUCCCAUGCCGCUGCCACCCACACCCUCGGUGCUGUGA